AUGGAGAGCCAUCCUGAGCAUCACCGAGGGCCGACCUUGUCACCUGAGAAUAUAGAGAUUCUCAUCACUAUCGAACGAGUCGGAGCAGGAUGUUCUAUGAUCGCUAUCAUUCUGGUGCUGCUAACCUUCGGCCUUUUCAAGAAACUUCGAACAACUCCGAAUUUGUUUCUCAUCUUUGCCUCGAUCGCAAAUGCCGGUGCAAGUGUUGCAUCUAUGAUCGGCUAUGAUGGUCUUGAAAGGGGCGAGGGAUCGCAUCUUUGUCAGGCACAGGCAUUCAUCUUUGAAUGGUUCAUGCAGUCUGACCCUUGGUGGUCACUUGCAAUGGCUAUCAAUGUGUUUCUCGUGUUCUUCUGCAAUGCCGAUCCUCGAAUGUUUCGCAAGUAUGCCUGGCUAUACUGCCUGAUCUGUUUCGGCGGCCCUUUCAUUCCAGCAGUUGUUCUGAUAUCAAUCCGUAACUCCUCUGAAGGUCUCAUAUUUGGAGACGCUACACUUUGGUGUUGGAUCGGGACUGACUGGAGUCUUGUUCGUCUCUACGCCUAUUACAUCCCAAUCUGGAUAUUUUCAUUCCUCUCCAUCAUGAUCUACAUCGCUGUUGGAUACCAUGUUUUCCACACUCGAAAUCAGAUCAGGCAUAUGGUGAUGGAUGUUGUUGGCAACAUCGAGAAGAAUGAUCGCAUUCCUUAUUCGAGUAGUGAGCAUAGAGGCUCCUCGGAAGCGAAUCUCACGCCUCGUCAGGACUUCUAUGGUACUGCAGUCACAGAAGUUCAGAUUACACGAGAAGAGCCGAGGCCAGCAAACCAACAAGAGACUAUACUUCCAAGUCCUUCUCUUGCCGCAAUGCCUCCGCGUAUCAACUCUUGGGUCCUACCUAGUUCCUUCGAACCUAUUGAAACAUCGACUUCCAGCAGAGCUCAACGAUUCGAAACACUCUGCACCUCCGACAGUUCUCGCCAGCCAUCCUUCUCAAUAAUGACUAAACUUCGUGCCGUCAAGUCUAACGCUUCUAUGAAACUCAGACAAUUUGAUCCAAUCAAGAUGGCAUAUUUGCGCACAAGCUUCAUCUUCGGUCUUGCUGUGUUGAUCACUUGGAUUCCGAGCUCCGCCAACCGGCUGUAUAGCCUGACGCAUCACGACAGGAUCAGCUUCCCCCUCAGUGUCGCCAGUGGCUGUGUGCUUCCCUUGCAGGGUGUUUGGAACGCCGUGAUCUACUUCACCACCAGCUGGAAGACCUUCAAUGAGGAAAUGCGUGGUCUAAGGUUCAAAUGGCUCGGAGCGCCCGAAGAAUGUGCAAAUGGGGUCCGGCUCAAUAGCCGACUUGGUUCAAGCAAGGGAAGCUAUCGAAACACCUUUGAGCGAACUCGACAACUACGCGCCUACUCAGUCGAGGAUACCGAGAAACCGGUUUCGACAUGA